CGAGCGUUAUUUUUCACCCCGUAUACUCGUCUCUCUCGGCACUUCACGCCAGUUAACAGCAGAGCACUUGUUCCCUCGUGAGGUUAACGUUUUCAGAAAUAAUCGCUUCGUUCGCGCGGGCGAAGGAUCAUGAAAAAGACCGGUGCUCUUCAGAUCGAGGUGAGCACCGAGAAGGAAUGGGAACAGUUGCUGACUCGCCCGGGACUGAUCGUCGUGGACGUUUAUUCGGACUGGAGCGGACCGUGCGCCGCCAUGGCGAGCAGUCUCAGAAAGAUCAAGAUGGAGAUAGGCGGCGAACUUGUGGAAUACGCAAUCGCUCGAAACGACGACAUCGACGACUUGGCGAGAUUCCGCGGCCGCAGCGAGCCGACCUGGAUGUUCCUGCAGGACGGCAAGAUGGUGAAUCUGAUGUUCGGCGCGCACUGCCCGCGCCUGCGAAAGCUGUUGACAGACGAGAUAAAGAGGAUGCAACGCGCGGAGGCGUCCAAGUGGCGGUUGAGUGUGCACGAGCGAGCUCCCGAGGAGGAGAUCCGAUGGCAAAAGCAGGAAGCUAUUAGGCAAGCGUUGGAGGAGGAGAGACGCGCGAGGGAAGAAGCCGAGAAACUGGAGAAGUACGAGCGAUUCAUGGCGCAAAUGAUGGUUGAGCUGUGCGAGGAGACGGCGCUUGUGCUUUAUCCUUGGGUCUUCAAGGACGAGCACGGCAAGCCACGGGACAAACUGCAGUGCCCGCCGUACACGGAGCUCGUGCAUGAUCUUUUCAGACAGUGCUUCGACGUGCAGGAGGAGGCGCGAAUUCAGCUCGACGAGGACACGAUCGAGAAGAUGUUUCUCGAGAGCUACGUCGUCAUCACGGACGAAUUGAUAAAAGGAUUAACCGACGGGAGAUGCAUGGCGAUGAGAUUGAGAGGAAAGCCGCCGCAUCCGAGCUGGCCGGUGGAGUAUCCUUGCGAGCGACGUCUCCCGAACGACCCGAUUCGCGCGAUCAACGAUAUUGAGAACUAUCUUUACAGCAUCAUCAUGACGCAACCGCCCCCUCUUCUGCAAGCGGGAAUCGAAGUGAGCAGACCGACUUACGACGACAAGUCUUAUGUCAGCCGACACGUGUACGUGCACGAACCGGAUCCGGAAGUUGAAGGCGACGUGCGCCGCGUGCAUUCCGCGGCUUGGGCGCCUCCUCAGGCCAGAAGCAAAAUUCACGUCUUUAAGACGCUAUUCCCCACUUACAUGGACAAGCAUCAUCCUUACGUGGAGCCGACGGCUCCUCCGCCGUUGUGCGCGUUCAAGUUCGAGGCUUCGAAAUUCGGCGUUGUGCGAGACGCGUACGACCUGCAUCGCGACGCUAUCGAGCAUUUCGGCGCGUUCGAAUACGAUCGGCCGCCGUACGCGAGACGUCUCGCGUCUUCGCCCGAAGAUUUCGAAAACAAGGUGAAGUACAAAACCGGUCUCGAGAUAUUUGUGGUGAUACUUCGAAGAAUCAGCGAUGAAGCCUUUCUGGCUUUCGCCGGCAUCGAACCGUUUUUCGCGACAGAAAACGAGAAGGAAGCCGAAGGAAUGAUAACGGAAUAUUUCCCCGAAGGAGCCGAGGACGUGAUACCAUUAACGCCAGAUGAGCAAAAAGCACUUUACGAAGACGAAGAAGAGGAAGAGGAAGAAGAAGAAUAUGAAGAAGAAAAAGAAGAGGAAUCCGUUCUGUUGGCCUAACGCAAUGGCAACGUGUCAAAGUGUAGAAAAUUCAAAAACUCCAGAGAGAAAGAGAGAGAGAGAGAGAGAGAGAGAGAG